AUGGUUCCCAGUGUGUGUGGUGUGUCCCUGGCUGUGGUGUUGCUGACCCUGGUGUCCCCUGGUGGUGCCUGCCCUCUGCCCUGCUCUUGCUACCAGCCCACUGAACUACACUGCACCUUCAGAUCUCUGGUCAACAUACCACAGCCCCUACCGCAACACACACUACACAUCAACCUGGGGUUCAACAGUAUCAGCAGGAUCCCAGACAGCUCAUUGGCCGGUCUAAAGAGGCUGGCGCUGCUGAUGCUUCAUGGGAAUGACAUCCGUGAGAUUCCUGACGGAGCUUUCCAAGAUCUGUCCUCCCUUCAGGUCCUGAAACUGAGCUAUAACAAGCUGAGGGAGAUCUCAGCAAAGAGCUUCUCAGGCCUGUCCUCUCUACAGCGCCUCCACCUGGAUCACAACUGGCUGCAGUCUCUCCACCCCCAGGCCCUGCUCCGCCUCCCCAACCUCAGACUGAUCCGRCUGCAGGGGAACCGGCUCCACCAGCUGCAUCCCCAGGCCUUCUGCACUCUGUCCCUACUGCAGACAUUCUGCUACUCCACCCUCAGGCAUCUGGACGUGUCCAACAACAGUCUGACUAACCUGCCCAGAGACAUACUGAGGACCGCCCCUCUUCUGGAGUCCCUAGCUCUACAGGCCAACCCCUGGACCUGCGACUGCAGCAUGGCUUGGCUGCAGGCCUGGAGCAUCUCUCACCCAGGGUUGUUGAAAUGUCCGGGGUCACAGUGCCUGGUCUGUGCCUCACCCAAUCACCUGAAGGGACGUGGUCUUUUGCAGCAGAAAGACUUAUCAUGCACCUCGCCUGUAAUUGCCACCAAUCCCAGAGCCUCAUCUCAGGAGGAUGGCGAAAUUCAGUCAAUAGAAACUUUUAGAGAGGCUUUAGGUCACGCCUCCUUGGGGAUGUCCGACCAACAGGGGAAUGCCGUUGAUCUGAAGUGUAACAUCACACACUCCUCACAGACUCCUGACAUUACCCCACCACAACUUUCCUCCUCUUUCACCCCCCUCUCCCUCUCUCUUUCCCUUUCCCUGGUCUGUGGGGUGGAUGGGCACAGCUAUGAGAGGCUGUGGAGGCUGAUGGCCUACUACAGUGAGACACCUGCCAGGCUUCAGAGAGAAAUCAUGUUGAGUAAAGCCCCAACACUUGCCUACAGGUACAGACAGAGAGCAGAGAGAGAGGGCUACUACCAUACAGGGGUCAGGGCCAGUGUCCAAGCCCAGCCUGCCUGGUUACUACAGCCCCAUGUUAGUCUCCAGUUCAACAGAGCUCAGUCCAGCACCCACAGGGUUAAACUGACCCUGUCCACCCUGGUGUCUGCCCCCCCAGACCCCCCAUCCCCACACCCCUGGGUCCUCAUCCAGACCAACAACACCCACACAGCUUUUACAGCAGCCACAGACAGCCAGAUCCACCUGCCCUGUCCUGUCCUUAGCUCUACUGAGGACCUAAGCUCUGGAGACCCCAGGCUCCAAUGGGUGUUUCCAGAUGGUUCAACAGUCCCCUUCCCCUACCACAGCUCAGAUGGUAGGGUCCGGGUGUCUGGCCAAGGGCUGAUCCUGCAGAGAGUGGAUCACUCUGAUGCUGGACUGUACUACUGCGUGGCCCGGGCAGGGGGAAAUGUCGAUGUUCUCCCCCUCCGUCUGGUGGUAGUAGAAUCAUCCAACCCUCCCCCAGGGGAGGAGCUAGGCCCUGCUGUGACUGGAUUGGUUGGAGACCCUGUCAGUCUACCGUGUGAGGCCUCUGGUUCACCGAGGGUUGAGGUGAACUGGGUUCUUCCUAACGGGGGAGUGGUAGGGAGUAGGAACAAGGGGAGAAGAAGGGGGGAGGCAGGGGUCACUGUCUUAGCCAAUGGUACCCUGUCUCUCCCCUUCCCUGGGCAGAGAGACGCAGGACUAUACCGUUGUGUAGCGGUGAACCAGCACGGUGCUGACUCUCACUCCACCAGACUGAUUCUAACCCCACGUCCUUCCGACACCUCAUCAAGCAUGAGAUAUCCCAUGAGGCCACAGUCUGUGGUGGGGUUGUCCAACAGGGUACCAGCCCCUCUAGGGGUCAAGGAGGUUGAAGAGGGGGUGUCGGGAAAUGACAAGGGGGAGGAGGAGAACAUACUGCCCACUAGGGCAGGUAACACCAGGAGGAGAGGUCUUAGACCUAAACCUACCCUGACACGGCGCCCCCCCAUCAGAUCCCACAUGGUGAGGGUGGAGGGAGGCGGACCCCCUCAGAGGGGAAGGAGGCCCCUGAGGAGAGGCUUCCCUGUGGAGCAGAAGAGGAACAGGCUGGAGGGCCGUCGGAGGUUUAACCUGGCCAAACACAAGAUAGACCCUCAGAAAUGGGCCGAGCUGCUGGCUAAGAUACGUGAAAGGACUGCCCCUAAAAUCACAGACUCCCUGUAUGUAUCACCCCCAACUAGAGCACGUACUACCACCUCAGCCCCCCCAACUAGAGCAAAGACAACCACCUCAACCCCAACUGAAGCAAAGACAACCACCCUAACCCCAAGUGAAGCAAAGACAACCACAUCAACCCCAACUGAAGCAAAGACAACCACAUCAACCCCAAGUGAAGCAAAGACAACCACAUCAACCCCAACUGAAGCAAAGACAACCACCUCAACCCCAACUGAAGCAAAGACAACCACCUCAACAAUCCCCUGGAAUUCCAGGAGAAGGCCUGGCCAGAAGAGACGCAUCAACAGACCCAGAGGACGACCACCGCCCCAGAAUGCACCAGUCCAACCUCCCUCGCCAGAAUACCCAGGUCCAACCUCCACUCGCCAGAAUACCCCAGGUCCAACCUCCCCUCGCCAGAAUAACCCAGGUCCAACCUCCCCUCGCCAGAAUAACCCAGUCCAACCUCCACUCGCCAGAAUACCCCAGGUCCAACCUCCCCUCGCCAGAAUAACCCAGGUCCAACCUCCACUCGCCAGAAUACCCCAGGUCCAACCUCCCCUCGCCAGAAUAACCAGGCCAACCUCCCCUCGCCAGAAUACCCAGUCCAACCUCCCUCGCCAGAAUACCCCAGGUCCAACCUCCACUCGCCAGGACAUACCCCAGUUCCAACCUCCCCUCGCCACGAAUAACCCAGGUCCAACCUCACUCGCCAGAAUACCUCAGACUACCACUAUUCCUACAACUACUACUACCACUCCUACUACUACAACAGUCUGGAGGAAUCCUGGGCUAAACGCCAUCCCAGACUCACAUGGCAGUCGCUACCGCCCCCCACCUUACCCCAACUACCCACAACACCUUAUCACUAGGCCUGACCCAGUCAGAACUCCACCCCCAAUAAAACACGCACCCUCUCUCCCACACCGUGUCAACCCCAAACUUCUUCUCCCAGACAUUUUAGAGACCCCUUCCUCUGCAGUCCCCACCACAAGAGCUCCGUCCAGCCCUCCCAAGAUCUCCCCACCCACCACAGAACCUCAGGCCGGGGUCAACACUGGCUCUACUCCUCCUCGUUCCCCUCCCCUCUCUCCACACCGUAGUGUGACUGCCCAACGCCCCCCUCAGACCCCUGUCCUGCGUGUCAGGCCCCUUAUCACUCCCCCCCAUGUGCGCCCCAUGUCUGUCCCAGCUGAGAGUGACGCCCUCCUGCCAUGCGAGGCCAUUGGACAGCCUCCUCCGACAAUCACCUGGAUCAAGGUCUCCACAGGAGCUGUGAUAUCCCUGGACACCAAGGCAGAGCGUUUCCAGGUCCUACCCAACGGAACCUUUCUCAUCCGGAGCGUGCAGGUCCAUGACCGGGGGACAUAUAUCUGCAGCGCACAGAACUCUGUGGGUCUUGACCGUGUGAUGGUGACUCUGGAAGUCUGGUCCCGUCCACCACGCAUUCAGCUACCCACUCACAGAGAGGCCACGGUGCACCAGGGGGGAGAGGUGAGGUGGGAAUGUCGGGCUCAGGGGGUGCCUGUCCCUCUGCUGUCCUGGGUGCUACCUGACCGCUCCAUCCUGACCCCCGACCUUAACUCCAACCCUGCCCAUGGCCCUCACCCCCGGGUGUCUAUAUUCCCUAAUGGUACUCUGCGUAUUGUGGCUGUCGCCCCAGCAGACAGAGGACUUUAUCGCUGUGUAGCCUCCAACCCAGCAGGGGCAAGCAGUCUGUCAGUCCGACUCCAUGUCUCCUUCCUGCCUCCAGCCAUCCAGCAGCCGAGAGAGGAGAGGGUAAACCAGCCCGCUGGCAUGCCUGUCUACGCCCACUGCUCUGCCCGGGGUGCCCCCGUUCCCUCCAUCCGCUGGAGGACCCCAGAUGGUACGCUGCUGCUCCCCUCUCAAUUCCUCAACGGGAACCUGUUUGUCCUCCCCAACGCCACCUUGCUGAUACGCAAGCUUUCCACUAAGGACUCUGGGAGCUACGAGUGCCUGGCAACUAAUGCAGUGGGCGGGGAUAAGAGGACGGUGAGGGUGUUGGUGACUGGAGAUGAAGGAGGAGGUGUUGUCUCCACAGAUAAAACUACAUCCUCCUCUUCCAUUAACAGUAACUCUGACCUGAACCCCUCCUCAGCCGUCCUUAACCCUCCUCUCCGGCCCUCCUCCCCCCUCAGUAAGGCUAAGAUCCUCUCCACCUCUCCAUCCAGUUCUAUAGUUGUAUAUGGUGAAACUCUGCUCCUUCAAUGUUCAGUAACCGGCAACCCAGAGCCUAGAGUGGUCUGGAGGGUACCUGGCAAGAAACUAGUGGAUGCCCACUACAGUUUUGACAAGAGGAUGAAGGUACACAGUAAUGGAACGCUGUAUAUCCAGUCCGUAACGGAGAAAGACGGGGGGGACUAUUUAUGUGUCGCACGAAAUAAAAUGGCUGAUGACUACCGCCUCCUCCGUGUCACCGUGGUCACAAAGCCCGCUAAACCCGCUAAGAUUGAGCCAAAGCAGCCGUCCAAUCAGAAGGUGGUAUCGUAUGGAGCAGCUUUAAAGGUAGACUGUCUGGCGACCGGGCAGCCCGACCCCGCAGUGAGAUGGAGCCUACCGGACGGAACCUCAGUGAACAGCGUACUGUUGCAAGGGGACGAGAAAGGGGGACGGAGGAGGCGGCUGGUGGUGUUUGACAACGGGACUCUGUUCCUCCCCUCAGUAGGGAUGGGGGAGGAGGGGGAGUACGUCUGCCACGCUGAGAACCAGAUGGGGGGAGACUCCAUGAGGGUGAUGAUCAAAGUCCUUACCUCACCCCCUUCCUUCCCCAGAACGAGAUAUGAGGUCAUCAAGGUGCAACAAGGGAGUGUGUUGGCUCUGAACUGUGGGGCCAAAGGAGAGCCCAUCCCUACAGUCACAUGGUUCUCUCCAAUCAAUCGUGUCAUCCCUGUGGGGGGGUCCGGUCCAGUUGUAGUGCGGCCAGAUGGCUCCUUGGUGAUCCAGGGGGCUAGAGGGGCUGACGGAGGAAACUACACCUGCCGAGCCAGCAACGUGGCUGGGGAGAGGAGCAGGGUGAUGGGGGUGGAGGUGAGUGUGACCCCACCCAGCUUCACUCUCAAUGGGGCUAGGGGUGGACUCGAUGGGACAGACAGACAUACAGCUGUUGUUAGCAGUAGUGGAGUCAGUGCUGUGAUCACCAUCAGUCAGUCUGCAGGGAGGGUUCAGUCGGGCAGUACUGGUAAUGGUGUCAGUACUGGUAAUGGUGUCAUUAAUAAUGAAGUUAGUCAUAAUGGGGUCAGUAAUGUAGGGGACCAGAGGGUCUCAGCAGUAAGAGGCCAGACAGUUAUUUUGCCCUGUCCAUCCCAGGGCUUCCCUCCACCCCGCUUGGCCUGGUUGCUGCCUGGUAACGGGGUUCUCCCUGCGCCUUACUACGGCAGCAGACUCACUGUGCACCGCAACGGAACGCUAGAGCUGAGGGGGGUGAGGGCAAGCGAUGCUGGCCUGAUGGUGUGUGUUGCUCGCGGUGAGAGGGGCGAGGCUCAGAUAAUGGUACAUCUGGAGGUUUUAGACACACAGGACCCACCUCGCUCCAGAGGCCCAGUGACCACAGGGAAACCUCGCCCAGUAGGCCCAGUCAGCACAGAGAAACCUCAUCCAGUAGGCCUAGUCAGCACAGAGAAACCUCACCCAGUAGGCCCAGUCAGCACAGAUAAAUCUCAUCCAGUAGGCCCAGUCAGCACAGAGAAAUCUCAUCCAGUAGGCCUAGUCAGCACAGAGAAAUCUCAUCCAGUAGGCCUGGUCAGCACAGAGAAAUCUCAUCCAGUAGGCCUAGUCAGCACAGAGAAAUCUCAUCCAGUAGGCCCAGUCAGCACAGAGAAACCUCACCCAGUGGGCCCAGUUAACACAAAGAAACCUCGCUCAGGAUUCGCAGUUACAGAGGAGACACCUCACCCCAGAGGCCCAGUCACUACUGAGAAACCUCACUUAGGAGGCCAAGUCAGCACAGAGAAACCUCGCCCAGUAGGCGGGGAUAAGAGGACAGUACCAGGAGUCCCAUUCCGAGGGGAUACACCUCGUCCAAGAGGCCCAGUGUCAGAGGCAGCAAGGAGUGUCAUCCCGGAGAGGAAGCCUUUGGUCAUCAGCAGAUCAGCUUCUCUGGUCAGCAUCAUAAGCGGAGAUAAUCUACGGCUACCCUGUCCCCAGACAGACAGCCCCAGUCAUAGUUCCAGCCAGACCCAGUCUCUGACCUGGACGUUGCCCAGCGGGGUGAUCGUGUCUCGGGGCCAGACGGCAGGAACGGGUCAGUACUCAAUCCUGGAUGACGGGACUCUGACGGUGCAGCAGGCGUCUGUGUUCGACAGGGGGACCUACUCCUGCCGAUCCACCAAUCAGGACACGUUGUCUAUCCUGACAGUUCCAGUGAUUGUCAUYGCCUACCCCCCUCGCAUCAYCAAYGGMCCCCCUCCCCUSACCUACACYCGUCCUGGUGUUGCYGUKCAGCUMACCUGCUACGUCAUAGCAACCCCCCGAGCGACCAUCACCUGGGAGAUGCCGGACCAAUCCCAGCUCAGGGUCACAGGUCAGGCCCGUCUCUAUGGCAACCGGUACCUGAGUCCCCAGGGUUCCCUGGUGAUCCAGAACCCGACCAGCAGAGACACUGGGUUCUACCGCUGUACUGCACGGAACGCCAUUGGAACCGACACCAAGGCCACUUAUCUACAUGUGAUCUAACAGAACACACACACAUCAUUUUUGCCCAAAGAAACUGCAAAGUUGAGUGCAGAAAAUAGUGUUCAACUAAAGACCGAGGUGUUGAUUAAAGAUUGUAAAUAGAGAUAAAAACAAACACAUGCAUCUUACAGCCAGAGUGUGUUAAAUAUGUACAAGAAAUCAGCAGCUGAGAAGCACCAGCAUCCAUCAUCAAUAAAUAAGUGUCAACACAAACUAUACCAGGCUUUAAGAACAUCAGCUCUCAAAACACACGUCAUGCAAUAGAACACAUUCAGCUCUGUAUCACAACCUGUAUGUUUAUGUCAACCUUUACCUCCUUAAUAUCUUAAAGCUGCCCUAUUUAUCUUGUUUUAUAGUUGUGUACUGUUGAGCAGAGAAAAUGUUUGAUAGUGGUCACAGAACUGCUCCAGUGAUAGUUCUGUGGAGCCUCAGGAGUCUGCAGCUCUCUGUGUCUGCAGCUCUCUGUGUCUGCAGCUCUCUGUGUCUGCAGCUCUCUGUGUCUGCA